AGUAGGAGCGGAAUGGAUGCGUAUCUCAUCAAUCAGCCCUAUACGCAUGGGCCAUCGUCAAUGUAGGACCAGUGUAAUGGGAUGCACAUCGGCUGCUGUCAGUCAGUGUGGCAAAGUUAUACCGAAAAGUGCCGUCACGUACGUCACAGCGAAUUGUUUAUUGCUGCUGCCUGCGCACACCCCUGCUGUCGCUGGGAUUUGGUGCGAGCAAGCGCGGUCUGCAAGCACAGGACGUCCCUAAGAGGAGCGACUCGCUAGCAGAUGGCCAGUGUGUGUGGUUCCUACUGAAUGCCAUUAGACAUGGAGUCUCAAAGCCAUUCCAACGACACCAAAGCCCAGCUGACCACUUUCGAAGCUAAAUAUGAGAUGACCCAAAAGCAGCUAGACGACAGUCUAAAGGAUAACGAGAACCUGGUCAUGAAGUAUGCCUACGUGGAGAAGAAAAAUAUCGACCUACGGGCACUGGUGGAGGAGAAGGAGGGAGAAAUCAAGCGACGUGAUCGCGAGCUGGCCCUGCUGCAGAAACAAGUGGCAACACUGAAGGCGGAACAGCAGCAGGCAAGGCACAGAAAGUAUGCCGACCCCAAGCACACGGCAGGUUUCGAGGAGCGGCAGGCCACCGAACAGCUAGCGGAACAGAAGGCAAAAAUCAUGGAACUGCAGGCGAUCGAAAUCAUGUUGAAGCACGCCAACAUCGAACAGAUGGAACGGAUCAAAGCGUUGCAAAAAUCCAACGAAGAGCUGCGCGUUAGUCUAGAGAAGCAGGAAGCCGAUCACAAUAGCUGCUUGCGAACGCUAAAGGAGAUGGAAGACGGCCGACAGCAGCUCAAUGGGCGGAUCAAACAGAUGACUGACGAGCAUGAGGCACAGUCAAGUCGCAUCGAGGAGCUGAGCGUUCGGCUACAGGAGGCCCACGCCGCAGCGCAGGAAUCAUCGCGCCUGCAGCACACCAUCGAGCAGCAGGCCCACGAACGGGAGCAGCUGCAGCUGGCCCUUGACGAGCAGGGGAAUGAGUGCGAAACGGUCAAACAGAAGGAGCUGGAGCUGCUGACGCUGAACAAGGAUCUGACCGAGCUGAAUUGUGUGCUGCAGCAGGAGAUCGCCAAGCAGGAGUCGAACAUGCUGGCCGUCACGCUCGAGUACGGCAAGUUCAUCAAAAUGUUCUACGACUACGAUGCGCAGAUCGUGAGCCUCGCAAACUCGCUCGCCAUCGAACGUCAGCUGCGUGCUGAGGAGCGGCUGCUGAUGGCCAAACACAUUGCCGAUAAGGCACGAAAGCUGAACAACACUGAGCAGUGCCUGCGACAAACCCUGCACGAUCUCGAGGCGUACCGCAAGAAGUAUGGGGCUAUCGUAAAGGAAUUCCAACGAGAAGUGAAGAACGUGCAGCAGGUAGUGGGACAGUGAAAACGCCACCAGGCAACCACCAAGCAUGAUAUGUACAAAAACAUUGCAUUUAUUGAUGAAUUCAUAUCUAACAUUACAUUGCG